AUGGCUACACGCACGACCAAGGACGAGACGUUAUGGGACGAGGAACAUCAUCUGUUGCGCAUGGACCCGUGUCUCAUGAUGGAGCCGCAAGACGUGGCGGUAGCGUCUCUGAGGUCUACAAAGAAUCACCGACGAAAUCAGCAGCGCACGGCGAGCGGCCGCUUGUGUCCGCGCACGAAAAGCACGGAGUACAAGAAGAGACCACGUGCGGUGGACUGGAAGCGGCAAGGGACGGCACGACAGGACGCGUCGCGAUACGACGAGAAGGUUGAGGUGUCGGGGCCGGAGGAUGAUGUGUCGCGGUUGUAG